GUCACCGUCCCUGCGCCCCGCGGCCGCCCCCGGGCUCGGCAGCCCCCGCAGCUCCUGCGGCGGCGCCCAGCGAGGGGCGGGGGCUGAGCGUCCCCGGCGGAGGAGGGGACAAGGCACCGCUUCAUCCCCGCGGCUUCAUCUUCCUCAGUCUCUUCCCGCUCCCCCUGUGCCGCGGAUGCGGGGCGCCCUCCGCGCUCUGCUCCGGGGCCCGGCGGCGAGGAAGAGGAGGGCUGGCGGGGGAGCCGGGGGCAGCCGCGGCCCUUCCCCAUGGCGGGGCGAGGGGCGCGGCGGCUCCCGGGGGGGCAGCGCGGCCCGGCCCGGCCCCUUUCCCCGGCCGCGGGUUCCCCGCCGCAGUCUGCGGCCGGAGGUCCGAGGAAGGGGUGCGCUGCUUCAGUGAUGUUAUAGACUCUCCCACCCAAGGCUUUCCAUAUGCUCUCGCUCCUGCUGUCCCCAGCAAGACUGUGGACUUGUUUGAGAUGAUUGAAAAAAUGCAGGGGAGUCGUCUGGAUGAACAAAGAUGUUCCCUUCCAGCUCCUCUCAAGACAGAAGAGGAGUAUAUUCCUUACCCCAGCAUCCACGAGGUAUUACAGAAAGGGUGGCCGUAUCCUCUCAUUAUCUUACCCCAGUUUGGGGGCUACUGGAUCGAAGGGACCAGCCACAACCUCUCCAGACUGAGUCCAGCCCUGCCUGAUGUGCCCUUUCCAUGGAGUGGGAAAGUGAAACUGGAAAGCGACCCUACGGCCAAGCUGUACCGCAAGCACUUUCUGGGGAAGGAGCACCAGAACUUUUACUCCAGUGACGUGUCCUUGGGCUACCUGGUACUUUCUGUGAAGUACGAACAGAUUGAGAAACAGGAAAACCUGCGCCUGCUGCUGAGGACUCGGACUGGCACCAAACAUGAUCUGAUCCCAAUUUCCUGCCUGAAUGAGUUCCCCAAUGCUGUCCAGAUGGCCAAGCUGCUCUGUGAGGAUGUGAACGUUGAACGCUUCUUCCCUGUCCUCUACCCCAAGGCUUCACAGCUUAUUGUUGCGUUUGAUGAACAUGUAAUAAGCAAUAACUUCAAAUUCGGGGUCAUCUACCAGAAGCCUGGGCAGACGACCGAAGAAGAAGUCUUCAGUAACACAGAAGAGAGCCUGGGCUUCCUGGAGUUCCUGGAUUUCCUUGGUGACAGGAUUCAACUGCAGGAUUUCCGUGGGUUCCGGGGAGGCUUGGAUGUCACCAGAGGUCAGACGGGCACUGAGUCCGUCUAUACAAAUUUCCGGGGCAAGGAAAUCAUGUUCCAUGUGUCUACAAAGCUGCCCUUCACGGAAGGAGACUCCCAGCAGCUUCAGCGAAAGCGUCACAUUGGGAAUGACAUUGUAGCCAUCAUCUUCCAGGAUGAAAGCACGACUUUUGUCCCUGAUAUGAUUGCUUCUAACUUCCUCCAUGCUUAUGUGGUAGUUCAGCUCACCCACGGCACCACUGGGAACACCCUCUACAAGGUUUCAGUCACAGCUCGAGACGAUGUCCCCUUCUUUGGACCCCCUCUGCCAAACCCAGCCAUAUUUAGAAAGAGCGCAGAGUUCCGCGAAUUCCUCCUGGUCAAGCUCAUCAAUGCUGAGUACAGCUGCUAUCGAGCUGAGAAAUUUGCUAAAUUAGAGGAAAGAACCCGGAGUGCCCUCCUGGAGAGCCUUUUUGAGGAGCUGCAGCUUCGCAGCCGCAGUAUGAUGGGAUUACCCAUAGGAGAGGAUGACAAGAUAGAGAAUGGCAGUGGGGGCUUCCUUGAGAAUUUCAAGCGGGUGAUCAGAGGCCGCAGCCAGAGCCUGGAUACCAUGGGGAUAUCCAUGAGAAAGCAGCAGCCGGCCACCCUGCCCAGCCGCCCCACUACCGCUGGCCUUGCCCUCAGCCAGAGUGUCGCCGAGGGCCCUAAGGCCAUUGCUGCGUCUUUUGCCUUGCCUGGUAGGAGCCCAUCACGUACUCGAGCCAGCCGCUUCCAUGGGCGACGGAGUAGUGCCAUUGGUAUUGAGAACAUACAGGAGGAAAAGAGAGAUGCUGCAGAGAGGAUACAGAAAGUGCUGGACAGUCCAGGAACUUUCUUUGACCUGAAGUCUGAUGGAUCAUCCAGUCCCAGCUCCCCAGAGUUCCCCAGCAGGAAGAGCAAAAUGCUCGGGAGUCAGACUGCAGGAUACUGUGUGAUGCAGCCAUUCUCACGUUCUUCAUCCAGUGCAAGCAGUUGUUGUAGUGGUUUGAGGGAAAAUGAAACAUCUGAGGAAGAAGAGAACGGCAGGGAGCUGACGUGCUCUCUUGAGGGCCCUCCAAAACAGGAUUCAAUGGUUCAGAGUAUGUGGCUGGAUGACAGUGACUGCACACCCAGUACUUCCAGCUCACCAGGAAGCAGGUUGCUUCCUUCCAGCAGUGCUGCUGGCUCCACUGGAAAAGGAAAUGGCAGCAAAGCAGAUGCUCAGCACCAUAACCCAGCCUCCAUUUUGUGCUGCAUGUGAGGUGACGGUGGAGGAGCGUCCUGGUGCAGGCUGGCUGAGUGGCGCAGGAUUUGCUGUUCCAGUGAACAAGCAUGAAUAUGCUUUACCUUAAAGUUCAGGAAGAGAACAAAAAACAGAAUUCCAGCUGCUGCUAGUUCUUCUGCUUCCUUCAGUGAUGCGUCAGAGACAGCCACAAAUCACCAAGAACUCAAGCUUCAUACAAAUCAAAUUAAUUCAAAUCCAAUUCAGCCAAUACAGGGCCAGAUUCAAACUAUUUUAGCAUGAACUUUCUGAAUGUUAGUUUGCACAUCCUUCCCUCUGCAGACUAUGGGAUGGGAAGCCCCUCACAGCCACAUCCAAAUCACCUUCGGAUAGGCAGCAAUUAGGCCAUCCCUGAGGAAGCAAAGCAGAGUCUGAUUCAGUUACCAACUAAACUUACAUGGUAUUCACUGCUGUCCUCCAAAAGACAUCACUGUAAAACUGGCAUUAACUCAAAACCCCUGGGGUUGGUGCCCAAGAACGCAUGUGUGCGGCGGUCCCCUCCAACAUUGGUCACUGCAGAGCAAGCUGUACGAAAUACCUGCCCAGGAGGGGAAAGUUCAUUUUGGAAUUGAACUUGAUUGAUUCCCUAGAUUAUUCUCUGGGCUGGAAUUGUUCCACUCUCUCCCACUUUUCUCUCUCAUGUCCUCUCCAAUUGCCACGCUGCAGAGUUAAAAGGAAGCAUGAAUACUUUGUCCCUGUGCUUGUAGCGCCUGUGUAGUACCUUGGACUUGGAAUAAAAGAACAUGGCCAGCUUCUCAUACGCUGCAUGUAUGGGUAUUUUUAAAGGACAAGCAGGAAGGUAUGAGAAAUCCAGAGACUGCAGUCCCUUAACAACUUAAUCCUCAUGCUUUUAGGGUAAGAGAUAAAGAACUAUUCAGGAAAGAAUGUUUUAAGCUGCAAGAAGUUAAAUAUUUAAUGUUUAAUCUUUAAUGUAAAUCAUUAAUCUGUUGAAAGAAAAGAAGCACAUUUGUAUUGGUAAAGACCCCACGAGACUGGUAAUUACUGGCAAACCUUGAAAUUCUUCAUCAUUAUAGAGAUGAGACUGAACUGUGAAGUUAACUGUUAAGGAUGCGAAAGCCAUCUCUCCAUAAAAUUGGAUACAUUCAGAUAAUCACUGAAGAUUGACCAUGUACAUAAAUGUUCAAUCUUAUAUAUUUCCCUAGGACUUUUCACAUCUUGGGGCUUGGAACUGAUGGAACUGGUCCCAGCCAUUUUUCACCUGCAAAACAAAGCAGCACAGAAGAGAAUGUUAAAAUUUAAUACACAGAAGUGACUGGCUGGUCACAUUUCUGCAGCAGGAUGACUGUUUCUACUCCUUUUUUGAAGGGUAACUACUGACGAUGGAGUACAGAUUUGUAUCUUGUUUGGUUUGCUUCCACCAGCUCCCUAAGUCUUUCACUGUCUAGUCACAACUGAAGCUGUACAGAAGAAUUAUUUUCCUGUGUCACAGACAGAUUCUGUAGGUCUGGUGCAUUCCACACGAGGGUGAAGCCAAUUCUUUUUAGGAUUUCUUUUUUGAGGGGCUGGAGGUAAGGAAGAGAAAAAGAGUGGAAGGCUGGGGAGUCAGAGAAACAAAAGGCAAAUGUGUUAAAAGUCCUUGGAGCUGAGAAUACAAACCAGGCCACAACAUUCUAAUUCAGAUCAGCACCUACUGGAGUGGGUGUUGGGUAUUCAUCUUCCUCACUUCUCAUUUUUAUCCAGAAUAUUUUUAUAGAAUCAGAAACCCAUCCAGAAAAGAAAAUAACACCCCCCCCCCCAAAUUUCCCUUCUGUUUAAGCUUAUGACUAAUUUUAAUUUACAUUAAGAUCUUCUGCUGAAAUUUUUCAACAAAUGCAUCAGAGCUAAUGAUGUAUAGAACUCUUAUCUAGUGACAAACUCAAGUGCCAAAUCUGGAGAUAGCUUGAGUCAAAUGCCCUCUAACUUAUAUAAAAACAGGUGGCUGAGUUUUAUUAGUUAACACAACUGAUUCCAAUGCUCUUUAAAAAUUUAAAGUUUGUAUUCAAUUGACCAUCCUUCUCUUCAUUUUCCUGUUAAUAUAUGAAUAUUCGUUAAAAAGUUGUGUAAUCAGGUAGUUACAAGACAUGGAUUGGAGAGCUGUGAUAAUGUGCUUUUUAUUAAGAAGGAACAGCUAUAAAACGAAAAUCUUAAAACUACAAAAAACCCACAACCCACUAUCAGCCAUACUCUUAACCUUAGGUAAGACCUAAUGCCCAGUACCACAAGGUUAAAUAUGAACAUUUUGAAAACUAAAGAGUUUCAGCAGUAAUUUGAGAAUGGCAUGUGGAGCACAAAGCCUUGAAACAUACCGAGAGAGGAUGGAGAACUUGUUACUUCUUGCCUGGAAAAGGACUACAAAGUCACUAACUAUACCGAGAUUACAUUCUAGUCUGCAGUUUCAUCCCAUGAGAAGGAUACCACACAUUAUUUAAUAUUUGGAAGACCUUAACAGUGUUGUAUUUAGCUGUAUUAAGUAUUUCAUUAAAAAGAGGGUGAAAGCAUGAAAUCAGAAGUACACUCACCUAUAAUGCUGCCUAGCAGCUCUAAACGAUCAGAGCCAAAAAAGAGAUGAGGUUCCCCAUGAAAAUGUGCCACAACAGCAGGCAUCCCAAAUGCCUAUUGACACCAUGGACAUGAAACAGAGAAUGUUAUAAUGAGAGAAAUUUUUGCUGA